AUGACACCCAAAGUAGCACAAUGGGGUAUCCAGUACUUUAAUUGGCUACAAUAUCACUUUCAUUUGCAAGACUGGUCAGAAUUUAGGAACAAAGGUGGCAAUUUACACCUGACCAUCCAACAUUUUCCUGGCUCCCUGAGCUACAUCAGUCCAUCCCAGUUUUGGAUUAGGGCUACUGAUAGCAGCCUGCCAUUGUCACAUCAUCCAGAAAGGUUUUCAGCAGAAAUGUUUGUAACUGUGCUUCAUGGUGAAAACAGGGCAGACAUUUUUAACAUUCACUGUAAAGUCCAGCGUCUCCUGGAUGGCAUCAAACGCCGCUGUGGCUGUGAGGACGAAGAUGAUAUAGAGUUAGCAGACGAGAGUGGGCAGGUGAAGAAUUUACUCCAGAACAAGCAGCACUCCGCAACUGAGCUUCUGGGGGAACGUGAGGCCUAUGUGCUCCUGGGUGUUACAAGAGGUGAAAGGCCUUCCAGGAGAGUAUUUACACCUCUGUUGAAAGAUGAGUCGGUCAUUAAUGCUAAGUUCCUAGCUAAGCUAGAGAGCUGGCAAGAGCGCAAAGUCCCCUCUCCGAGAGUAAAAUCCAGAAAGACCCACAAAAAAGCAACCUUGGAUAUCCCAGCUGCUGAAGGCUUAAGGAAUCAUUCACCUCACAGCAGCAGAACAAGGACACCCGUUGCUUCUCCAAAACAAAGCAGAAAAUUAUGAUCUCUUGUUGGAUCUGAAAUCGGAAUUUCUUCCAGUUUGUGGAAAUGCACCUGUUUAUGUAUGUUCCUGCAUGUCCCCUGCUCUGAGCUUGAGUCUGCAUAACAAGGCAGGCCAGGAUUCUGAAGCCUGCAUUGUGAUUUGCUGCCUUGACACAAAACAGCCAAUCAGGUGUGAGGUGGGUGUCACCAGGGGCUGGCUGAAGUGUAUAUAAAUCAGAUCCUAUUCCCUGUUUCCCUCAAUCUGUUCCCGAUGUCUCACUAAAGCCUUUAAGCUGAAUCACUGCCUCUCACUUGAACCAAGGCUGGAUCUAGACACAUCAAAGAAGCGUUUCAGUUAAACACGUACAUUUAAACAGGGAAAUCCAGUAGGUAAAAACGGGACUCCACAGCACCAUCUGGUGGCACAGUGUUAUAUUGCAUAUACAACACAUAUAAAUUGCUUUUUCUUUACCAAUCUAGCUGAGUCUCCAUGUAUACCUUUUUUUAUUUCUUUGUGCAAAUGUGAAUUUUUAGGCACCUUACCUGAUAAUAAGAUGCCUUGAAUGCUGUAGGACUUACUUCUGAGGGAUAUAACAUUGUACUGAAGAUGUGCUGGAUUGGAUAGUGUUGGGGAACCUGUGAUCCUCCAGAUGUUUCUUUUUGUCUCAAUAUGUACAAGUUUGACUAAGGUUAAUUCAACAAAAGGCAUUCUCCACUAUGUUUCUCUCUCUUUGCCUCAACCGUUGUAGGAACAAUUUUGUGAGUCAGCCAAUGCUACAGCCAUUCUGCACCAGAAUUCCCCAAGGCUUAUUUCUGAGAGUUUUUUCCAAUCUUACUCAUCAGUGCUAGAAAUAGUAAUAAAAAGAGAUGGUGCUUUUGA